CUUGGCCCGUUGCCUGACAGACCGAGCGGCCGUCUGGCUGACCACCCUGCGCCUGCAGGCCGAGGAUGCAGCGCUGGAAAGCGGCGGCCCUGGCCUCGGUGCUCUGCAGCUCCGUGCUCUCCAUCUGGAUGUGUCGGGACGGCCUGCUGGUCAGCCACCGCCUGGGACCCGCACUGGCCCCCCUGCGCCGGCCGCCUCGCUCCGUGGACGCCCGGAUCGCCCGCCUAGCCCAGUACCGCGCACUGCUACAGGGAGCGCCGGACGCAGUGGAGCUUCGAGAGCUGACACCCUGGGCGGGCAGAUCCCCGGGUCCGCGCCGGCGCGCGGGGUCCCGGAGGCGGCGCGCGCGCGCGCGGUCGGGGACGCGGCCUUGCGGGCUGCGCGAGCUCGAGGUGCGCGUGAGCGAGCUGGGCCUGGGCUACGCGUCGGACGAGACGGUGCUGUUCCGCUACUGCGCGGGCACGUGCGAGGCGGCCGCGCGCGUCUACGACCUGGGGCUGCGGCGCCUGCGCCAGCGGCGGCGCGUGCGGCGGGAGCGGGUGCGCGCACAGCCCUGCUGCCGCCCGACGGCCUACGAGGACGAGGUGUCCUUCCUGGACGUGAACAGCCGCUACCACACCGUGCACGAGCUGUCGGCGCGCGAGUGCGCCUGCGUGUGACCCUACCUCACCCGGCGCGGCUGGACGGCGGCCGCGCCCCUGCAGCGCCCGCCUGGCAAGACCCACCACAGACUGCCCCAGCGCAGCAGCCGCCGCCCCGUCGCGGCCCGAGACGCCCACGAUAACUGUGCGGAGAUAA